AUGGACUCAGCGAGUGGCAGCCCGUUCCAGACCGCCGUCGAACACCAGGGUGUCCUUCUAGGGAAGCAUGAGGAGGACAUCUCAGCUGCCCGACAUGCCGUCGAGACACUGGCCGCCCAAAUGUCCGAGCUUUCCUGCCAGGUUCACAGUUUGCACCUCCAGCCUUCCGCCUCUCAUGGUCCUCCCGUUCCGACUGAGCCACGGAUCAAUAAUCCUCUGGUCUUUUCGGGUGAGCCAACACAAUGUCGCUCUUUCCUAACCCAGUUUGAGGUGGUGUUCUCGCUACAGCCCAUGACAUAUGCUAAGGAAAGAGCCACGAUCGCCUACGUUCUUUCUCUGCACAAUGGUUGGGCUCGCGAAUGGGGAACGGCUAACUGGGAGACUGAGACGGAGUGCAUCUCCAGUUUUGCGCGCUUCAAGGAGGAGAUGAUUCGGGUCUUCAACCACUCCCCCUACAUUUGCUGUGGAAUAAAGCCUGUCAACAGAUAUUCUGUGAAGGAUGGCAUGGGGAACAAGAUUUUCAGUAUUCUUGAGGACAGCGAGACUUGUGACAGGCAAUGUUAUGGUACUGGACGUCCUUUCACAAUGAAUGUUACUGACCACUCAAAUCAAGAGGUCAUCAGAAUGGUGCACCCAUCUGUUUGUACUUCCUGCAGCAGCCAUGAGCUAGAGAUUCAGUCUCCACCGGGCACUACCAUUGGACAUGUUCGACAAAACUGGCAUUUUUGCCUACCUAAAUUCACUCUUGAGAAUGAACGGGGUGAACCAGCAAUUAAGAUUGUGGGACCAUGUGUAGGAUGUACCUGCUGCACAGAUGAGAACUUUGAGCUGGUGUCUUUGAAUGAAGCAGCGAUAGACGGAUCAUUUGGCAAAAUAACCAAACCAUUCUCAUGCAGUGGAUCAAAUGCAGCUUUUGUGAUCAGUUUUCCAAGCAACAUGGAUGUCAAAAUGAAAGCUACUGCACUGGGAGCCUGCAUACUUAUUGACUCCAUGUAUUACACAUCAAAAAGGCCAUCGCUUUUGGGUGUCUGCCUAUCGGUGGCAUUAGGCUAUUGGAAAAUAGGCUAUAGGUAGGGCUGUGCUACAUCCACCAAUUUCAGCAAACAUGCCAGUCAGCUGAGU